UCCCGCUAGAAGGUCCGAUUUAGACGACAGCGAGAUCGGAACAUAGUCCGUUAACAGUUGAAGUUUGUGUUGCAACUACACACGAUUCAGGAUUUAGCGGGACCUUAAGGCAAUUCAAGUAACUGCCUGCUAAACAUCGACGAGAAGACAGCGAAUGUGUCUAGAUUUGUCAGCCAAUAGCCAAUUUUCUUUGUAUAAAUGGCAGAAUCAUCAGAAAUUAAACUGAAGUCUACACCUGGAGAUGGGAUUUCUGCGGUUAGAUUUUGCCCUAAUUCGACACCGCACCUUAUAGUGUCUUCAUGGGAUGGUUCUGUAAGGCUGUAUGACUGCUUUGCUAAUAACCAAAGAUUACGUUACAAUCACGAACGUGCUGUCCUGGAUGCAUGCUUCCAGGACUCAACACAUUCUCUUAGUGGAGGGCUGGAUGGUGUUUUAAAAAUGUGUGACCUAACCAACAAUUCAGAGAGUGUUUUGGGAACCCAUCAGGAUGCAAUCAGAUGUGUUGAAUAUUCAUCAACUGUUAACCAAGUGUUUAGUGGCAGUUGGGAUGCUUCUAUCAAAUCGUGGGAUCCAAGAGCAAAAUCAUGUAUUGGAACUCACAUUCAAGGAGACAGUGUUUACACCAUGGCAUUAAAUGAAGAAAAAUUAGUUGUUGGUACUGCUGGAAGACGUACAUUAGUAUGGGACCUCAGAAACCUGAGUACCCCUAUCCAAAAGCGGGAAUCUAGCUUAAAGUACCAGACAAGGUGUAUCAAAUGCUUUCCUAGUAGACAAGGAUUUGUACUAAGUAGUAUUGAAGGUCGUGUAGCAGUAGAAUACUUCGACCCUAGUCCAGAAGUUCAAAAGAAAAAAUAUGCAUUUAAAUGCCACAGGGUGAAAGAAGGAGAUAUCGAGUGCUGCUACUCGGUCAAUGCAAUCAGUUUUCAUAAUGGUUUCAACACUUUUGCAACUGGAGGUUCUGAUGGUCAUGUUAACAUAUGGGAUGGUUUUAAUAAAAAGAGACUAUGCCAAUAUCGGCGUUACCCAACGUCCAUAUCUUCUCUCUCAUUCAGCUUCGAUGGUUCCCUUCUAGCUAUAGCUAGCUCAUACAUGUAUGAACAAGGGGAACCACAGACGGGGAUCCCAGAAGAUGCCAUUUAUAUACGCAAGGUCCAAGAGCAUGAAGUUAAGCCGAAAUAGACGUAUGUCUUUAGAUUCAUUGACUUCGUCAUUUUUUUUUCUAAUUGAAGUUCCGCGAUGCUGUUUGAUAAAAUGAUCAAUCAUGUUCACAAAUACAAGGCCUACGAAUUA